CUUCUUACCACGAGGACAAAGUGCCUCAAUCCUUUGGGUACAGCCUCGUUGCAACGAUUGCUUGAGUAUUACGCUGUGUCGAGUUCCUAGAGGACGUGGAACAGAAAACCCAAAAUGAAUAGAAAUGAAUGGUUCCAACGUUAUUACGGUGAUUAUAUUGAUCUACUCGAGUGGGAGAAAGUGCGCACGAACAUAAAGUAUAUGAGUCUCCCAGAGGUCACCCUCUCUGCCUUCACCGAAACCGGACAGACAGAAUCAUCCAUUCCAAUACCGAAGCAACGGUCCUACACUGGUAGAAAACCUAUCAUGCCAUCUUCUCUUGCCAACACUCGCUGCACCGACCUCGGCGUCGAAGGUGUCUUAGAGAUGCUCAACACUACACUCGGAACGUCAUACACUCUGGAGAAUCUUUCCUUAUCCUCUCUUAUUGACGCCUACAUCACCCAAGACUAUGAUCUUGGCACUGCCUAUGCUCAUCUUCGCCCAGUCUGGUAUGGGUCCAUCAUCGAAGACGAAUUACGCACCCUCAAAGCACGGGACCAGGGGAUGCGGCAGGAUGUACUGGUCAAAAACAGGAUCAUCGACUGCCGAGUACCUCCUCGACGCAUUUGGGAUUUGUACAGCAACCGGGUGGUGCCAUGGUGGGUCGCACGCCAAUGGCCGCAGCCAAUAUCACAUGCUUGGAUGGAACGGGAGGAUCGUGUUGAGGUGCUGACACCCAUCAACGGAUAUAAUUGGCCUGUGCCCAUCCCGAAGGAUACCAACCUUAACCUUAUCCGCAUAGAGAUGCUCAAUCUGGGUGCGGAGUAUGUGUGGUUGGAUGUUCUUUGUUUGAGACAGGCAGGUGGGCAGAGGGAAGAUCUGCGCAUGGAGGAAUGGAAGCUGGAUGUGCCGACUAUUGGAUUUUUAUAUCAGAGGGCCAGCCAGGUUGUGUGCUACUUCAGCGGGCUCGGCCGGCCUUUCAGUCUGAAGGCAGACGACUUUGAGAGCGAUAGAUGUUGGUUCAGACGCGCAUGGACACUACAGGAGAUCAGCAACAAUAUGAUCACUGGCGGGGAUACAGGCAAUGAUGGGACCAUGGAGGAGAUGAUACGAGUGAAGUUUGAGAAGCAACUGUCAUUGUUGCAGUUUGUCAAGUCAAGAUUUGCCGCUAAUUUGUUUCAUAUGCUGUCGGUGAUGCAGGAGCGGGUGUCAACGAAUACUCUGGAUAAAGUUGCGGGGUUGACAUACACACUGUUGUCGAGAGAGGUACCAGCAUACUAUGAAAUGCAGUCCCUUGAGGAUGCAUGGACAAUGUUGGUGAAUGACAUGCGAGAGUGGUUUCGGUCAGACCUUCUCUUCCUAUUCCCUAAGCCCGGGAACGGAAACAAAGGUUGGCGACCAUCAUGGAGGCAGGUCAUGACUGAGGUGCUGCCAUUGUACUAUACUAGAGGAUAUUUCGGUAUUGGGCGGACAGAGGAGACAGAUGCCGACUGGCAUUGGGGUCCCUGUUUUGAAUCGGGUUAUGUGCAGGGAUUGGCCAGAGAACUUCAGGAAGGAAAGCGCCGACAGGGUGAGUUAGUCAUCGAAGACAAAACUGGAGCAAAGCACGCAUUCAAAAUCAUCGCUGAUCAUCAAUAUCCAAUACCGGAAGGCUCAUACACACUACUAGGCAGUCCCCCACUCGACGGUCUAACUGGCUGGGUCCGAGAACAAUACUGGCUAGUUGGGCAAAGACUCCCAGAGCAGAAGCUUAAGAAAGUGUCGGUGUUCCAAAUACACGGUAGGAAGGAGGUGAAGAGACUGCAUGAUCUGGGCAUUGCUGCAAAGGUAAAGACCUUUCUUGCGUGAGGUAGACAUACUUUUGUGAAAAUCUCUUUUAAUGGCCACUUCGUUCGCAGUUUGGUGAUACGGGUGAUCGU